CUAAACUAAACAUGUUGAUGACAUGGAAAAAGCGCCCAGUCGUUCGGAUGUUACAAUUAACCGAGGCUCCGUGUGCUUCAGGCUGUUAGAUCCCACCACAAUGCAGAAAAAGAGUUAGUAAUUUGUCAACAUGGGGGCAUACAAGUAUAUGCAGGAAAUCUACCGAAAGAAGCAGAGUGAUGUUAUGAGAUUUCUCCUACGUGUUAGAUGUUGGCAAUACAGACAAUUAAAUCCUGUCCAUAGAUGUCCCAGACCCACCAGACCAGAAAAAGCUAGACAGCUGGGAUACAAAGCUACUCAAGGUUUUGUGAUCUACAGAGUUAGAGUACGAAGAGGUAGCCGAAAGAAGCCUGUCAGAAAAGGUAUCACUUAUGGUAAACCAAAAAGACAUUGUGUUGUCAGAAUUAAAUUUGCCAGAAAUUUGAGAUCCGUUGCUGAGGAGAAAGUUGGCAGAAGAUGUGGUAACUUGAGAGUAUUGAAUUCAUACUGGGUUUGUCAAGAUUCUGUCUUCAAAUUUUAUGAAGUCAUUUUGGUAGAUCCAUUCCACAAAUCUAUCAGGAGAAACCCAAGAAUACAAUGGAUUUGUAAUCCUGUCAUGAAACAUAGAGAAUUACGUGGAUUGACAAAUGCAGGCAAAAAUUCGAGAGGUCUUGGUAAAGGUCAUAAAUUCAACAAAACUACUGGUGGAUCAAGAUGGGCCAACUGGAAGAAACACAAUUUUGAACAGAUGCACAGAAAACGUUAAAUUAAUGUUUUCAUCACACAUUUUUUUUUCAAAAAUAAUUUCAAUGUGCUGUCUGCCAAACUUUGUGCAAAUAAAGUAACAUCACUUAUUAUCUGUUUUUAUUUUGACGUUUUAGCUGGUAGUAUGCAAACUGGAGCAGAAUGAUCUACACCCUAAUACAUAAUAUUGGGUUGCAAGUGGAAGGGGUCGAGUCCUCCAGGGUGCAGUCAUUGUCAAUAAUUUUUGUCUUGAGACAAGACAAUGUAGAUUUCUCUAAUGAAAAGGUUGUUUAUCUGAGUUCAACAUGGAAUUUUAAUCAAUCUUGUAUUCAAACGCACUGUUGAAUAAUUACAACUGACUAUUCAGAGUGUUCCAUCAACAUUUACACAGUACAUCAAGUUUCAUUGAUUUCAUCAAUUGGCACCAUUUUUAUUUUAGUCGGACAUCUGUGGCUGUUGCAAAGGAUGUUGACUAAAACGCUUAAGAUAAAAGGGGAUUGCACCAACCAUAGAUGUCUUAUUUAAAAUUCGAAUGGUGCAAAUCGAUACUAUCAGUGUUCCCAAUACACAUAAAACUUUUAGAAAACCUCUUAUGGAGACAUAUGAAUAAAAAGAUAGCAUCUGGUUAACAGUUGUUAAUUUAAA